AUGGCUAGAAGGGUUCAGGAUAUACCCAUAAGACCAAGAUACGGAUUACCAGAUGCUGCCGAAGACGAUGCAAUGAAUACUGAAACCGUAAAAACUCGCAAAACAUCAACAUCCAAUUCGGAGAUGUCUUCAUAUAAGGAAAUUCCAUUCUUGGCCCAAUAUGCAGGACCUGUACCAGAUAGUGUAUUAAAUGAUUUGACACCAACCGCUACAAAUCCAACACGGGAUGACGAAAGUGUGGAGGAUGAAGACGACGACGAGGAGAACUCGAAAAGUAGUUCCUAUGACAAUAGCAACAAGACACCAAAACGACCACAGAGCCUGCUAAGCGAUGCAAUACCUUAUGAAUUAGAGGGUAGCGAAAAUUCAGAUGGUCAGAUGAGACAUUUUGUUGCCGAAAAUUUGGAGGAAAAGUUGCGUUUAGCUAGUCCACCACCGGGAGAAGGUAAGCUGGAUUUUGUAAUAAUGUCUGGACAUUAGAUUGAAUUAUCAGUUUUUAAUUUUUCAGAGUCACAUCACAGCACUCCCUGUGCAUCGAUUAGUGGAAAUGUUGGCGGCGGUGGUGGUGGCAUGACAAAACAGUUUUUCCAAACUCCAAUUAUACCUCAAAUCGAUGCCAAUGUAUUAAAUGAUAUUGAAAUUGAGGCUCAAUAUUUGGCCGCCUCUGUGGAUAACUUGACGGAAAAUUUGUGCAAUUUACUUCAUUCAAUAUCCUCAAUAACUGCUGAUAAUGUAGAAGUCCAUAAGAAUGCUGUGAAUAAAUUAACGGAUAGCAUGGAUGCCAAUAUUAAGUGCAUGUACACGAUUAUGGCAAAAACUGAGGAAAUUUCUAAAUCGAUGCAGCCAACAGAACAGCUGGGAGGACGAAUCCGGGAAAUAAAGCGCCUUGUCGAUAUGUUGGACAACACCGUAUAGAAGGAAUCUACAGA